AUGAUUAUUAAUCAACUCUUUGAGAAAAUCACAGAAUCUCCAAAUUUUAAGAGCAUUUCUCUUCUAAUCAAGCUUUUUAGACUUGCAUCUAAAGGAGAUUAGGAUGAAGAUUAACCAGAUUAAGCUAUUACAAAGUAUUUUAAAGAACCUGAGGAUUACUCUAAGAUUAUUUAAUUUUCAUUGAUACAACUUCCAAAUAUUUUAAGAGAUUUUUAUUAAGUGGAUUAUGCUGAAACAUUUAAGAGAGAACAUAUUGAAUCUCAUAUUCAUUAGGUAAUCAUAAGAGGAUUUUUCAUUAAAGCAAUGAAUUUUUUGGAACAUACUAUAGAAACACAAGAAGCAUAAGAAGGAACAAUCCUAUUUGUUAUACGUGCAUUAGGAAAUUUAAAUGUAGUUUUAACAGCUUUUGAAAGUUUGUAAAAGAAAUCAUUAAAAUUAUUAAUAAAAAUAUGGGGUGAUCAUUUAUCUUUACAAAUUAAAUUACAAGCUUUUGUUUAGAUUAGAAAAGUAUUUUAAUCAAUGGUUGAUCAUUAACAAUAGGAUAUUUUAAAAGUAUAAGAAUUUAAAUAAUUAAAUAGAAAUUUUAUGAGAAAUAUUUGGAGUCAGCCAAACAUGUACUUUGGAGAAAUUAUGAAGCAAUAAAUUUCAUGAUUAAUUGUAUUACUGAAUUAUGUAAUAUGAAUAUGAACUAGGCAUAUUAAGUAGUUUAUUUGAGCUUAUAGAAAUUGGUAAAAAAGAUUAGAGAUGCUAGUGUUUCAAAGAAUUAAUAGAAUGUUUAAUCUAUUUACAAUUAAUAAACUUUAAAUGUACUAAAAUUAUGGGCAUAAGUAAUUUGUACACAUAAAAGAGAAAAUUAAUUGGCUGAUUUAAUGCCUCCAUUUAUUUAAAUUGCCUAAUCCGUUUUAGAUUUUUAUCCUUGUAUAGAUAAUUACACUUUUUAAUUACAGUUAAUUGAUAUCUUAAUCAAAGUUUCAUAAAUUUAUAAGGUUAAUUAAAAUUUAUUGAGUUAUAUUCUAAGAAUGUUGAAUUGUGCAGAAUUAAAGAGAAAAAAGUUGAAGAGUAGUGUUAAACCAUAUGAUUUUUAAAUAAAUAUUGUAAUAAAACCCAAAUAUAAGUAAUCAGGAACUUUUUGGGCAGAUUUUUGUUAGUAAGUGAUUAAUAAGAUUGUAGUGUAUUUAGCAAUAUUUUCAAAAGAAUAAUGGUUUAAUGAAUAUACAUUAUUUUUGGAGAAAUAAUUGAAAAGAACAUCUGAAGAUUUUGGUUUUGUUGGAAAUAAAAUAAAAGUAAAAGAAUUAAUAAGAUUAAUUGAAUAACAUAUAAAAGGAGGAAAGGGUGAAAGUAAUUUGUAGAGUGAAGCUCAAAAACUUCUUUAUGAAUAGGAGGAAUUAAUAAAAUAAAAGGUUAUGUCUGAGAAAUAAAGAUAAUAAGCUGGUGAAGAACUUGAAGAAUCAGAAUAAGAGAUUGAUGAUGAAAAAGAAUAAGAAUAUGUGUUAGAUGAAAUUAGAAAAUAUAAGGAAGACAAAAAGAAAGAGAAUGUUGCUUAAGAAGAUUAUGAAGGUUUAAGUGAAUAUGAGGGAGAUCCAGAAAAUUAUUAAGAAGAGCCAGAAGGAGAAGAGCAUUUGGAUGAUGAUUCUGAUAAUUGA